AACAGAAAGUUUACAUAUUGAUGAAAAAUCAUUUCAUCACAUGUCAUUCCGAGUUUGCACGGUAAGAAUGUGAAUGUUCUCUGCUGGUAAAAGAAGUGUGCAAAAUUUGCACACCAACGUGUGCAAGUAAUGAUAUUGUACAUUACUCGUUGUGUAACUGAAGUUGCACACUUGUUUGGUGUAGAAAUUUUAGAAGUUUUGUUAGCGUUUAAAUCCUGCACACUUGGAUACCCACAGAUUUUUUGCUAUCAAUAGGAACCAUCAUAUGGUUUGCAGCUUCCAUACUUUUCGGAAGUGUCGAAAGUUUCAACAACAAUUGACGUAUAACCUAGUGGUCGUCCUGGACUCUACCGGGUGUAAUUGUGAAUACGCAGCAGUGUUGCGGGUUUGCCUACUCUUUACGCCCGCAAAAUAUCGCUAGUUAGACCGGACGUUGUGAUAUUCGCGUUACCCGUGAAAAGUUGCUCUAGAAACAGCAGGAAAAGACUCGACUUUCCCAAAGCGAGGCCUUUUGGAGGCAUAUGGAGCGUAAUCAGAAUGUGUGAAAAUGCCCUGAAAUGUUGACACAACGCUGUCCCACUGCACGAUACGGGAGAGAGGGAAUCAUGCAACAGUUACUCGAAACUGCAAAACUCACGCGAGGCAAAAGCCAACCCUGCUCUGUAUGUACACGCCAGGCGCCAGCCGCACUGGUCUCGGUCAUGGCCUUCCGGUGGUCCAUCAUCCUGGUGGCGCUCAUCGCGCGCCAGGCAGACGUUCUUGGCAAAUCCUUCAACUCUUUCGCGGGCCCUUGGAUUGGUUACGUCGAUCGCUUUUACUUGUGCGAAGAGCCCAAUCACCCGCUCCCGUGGAGAUGGCAUCUGCGUGGAACUCACUUCAAUCCACAAAAACCUACAGAACUACAACUACUUACUGGAAACAUGACGUUUGAAAAGGAACCUCUUGAUGAUAGCACAUGGAUAAAAGUACUCAUGGCUGUUUGGACAAAUAACCAAUGGAAGGAAAACUCUUUUAUCUUCCAUUUUAAAGACAAGGGAUGCACGGCUAUUAAAGAAAAUAUGGCUGGAUUUUACGAGAUUUUUUUUAAGAAGACAGAAACUCAGGGCGCGUGCAUAAUCAAACCAAAGAUUGAAGUAGCUGAUGAAGUUGACUCAACGUGUUAACAAUUUGUCUUUAGUCAGAAGAGAGAAGGAAAGGAAAAAUGACUCACAAACUUAUCGGCCGUUAGCGACCAAUCACAACGAGCUCUGCCACUGGUGUAAAUUCUAUCAGGAUUUCCUGAUCGCAUUGCAGUGCCCUGAUUCCUUAUCGUAUCCAAAGUUUCUGAUAGUUUCCUCGGUGAUGGUUAGUUUCUGUUUGUUCCUUCAAAACCUUAUGGUAUUAUCUAAAUUUUUUGAUGGUGUUUUUUUUCCCUGAUCGUAAAAUUUCUGAUGGUGGGCCAUCAGGAUAAUUUCUAAUUUCUGAUGUUAUUUUUCUGAUCGUACGAACAUCUUUGAUGGUUAUUUGACAUUUUCUGAUAGUUCUUUUUAGUACCAUCAGAAAAUGAUGUUUUCCUGAUCUCCUCGAUGAAGCAAAUGAUUGGCCUGACGAAACUUUGCCCCGCACGGUAAAACGGCUUUGUGUGGCAGAGGAUCACAUACUUUAUCGUUUCCUUACAUAAAAACAAAAUCACCUUUAUCACCCCGUGAUUUCUAGGAGAACGGCUAAAGAUAGGACAAUUUUGACACCACCAUUGUGCUCAGCGCUGAAAGUUUAGACGGGUGCUGUACAAUCUUGGCUCUUGCGCGGUCCUACCGCUGACUUACUUCACCUUUAAAGAUGCUACCAUCAAAGACAUUUACCAGUAGUAUACUAACCUUCAUUCUUCGUUUCCCAUCAGAACGCAAUCACCAUCAGAAUUUUACCAUCAGAACCCAACUUUACUAUCAAAACAAUACCAUCCGGCUAAAAUCUAUCAGGAACGUCGCAUUUUCUAUCAGGAAUUAGACAAAUAACUGAUCUACCUAUUUUGAUGGUAUUUUUCUUUAUUGUAAAUCUUCUGAUGGGAUUUACACCAGUGUGAGCUGUUUCGGCUUUCAACACAAUAGAAUUUUCAUUGUAAACGCUGUGAUUA